CUCUGGAGGAAGGAGCUUCUUCUUUCUGUUGGUUUCUGUUCCUCCUUCGGUCACCUUGCAGAGAAGUGACCCUCGUGUCCGUCACUUGGUGCCCAUCGCUGGCAGGACCAUGCUGGAUGGAGGGACUCUGCUGAUGAUACUGACAGCUCUGCAAGCAUCUUCCACGCAGACUCUUGGUGUGUACCAGAUUCUGAACGUUUCCGCCACUGAGCACGGUUCCGUCACCCUCUUCUGUAACUUCACCUUCAAUGGAAAUUCCACUGGCUACAACAAAUGGUACCGCCGUGAUGUCCAAGGGCCCGAGGUGACGAACACCAGCAAAGGGUACAUCGGCAGAGUCUCCAUCGUCAGUCCAGAAGGUUUCAUGUAUCAAAAAUCCGCCAACCUUCGCCUCCACCAGCUGAAUCUCUCCGACAUCGGCCUUUAUAUCUGUGAGGUCACCCUGAUGACGAGCCCUUUGCGGACCGCACACGGGAACGGGACCUAUCUGCAUGUAAAACCAUUUGUUGCAGACGAUUCGAAGUUGCAGCUCACCAUUGCAGCUAGUUGCAGCACAAUCACCAUCAUCGCCAUCCUUGUCUUAGCGGCUGUGGCGGUUUUCUUUGGAUACCACAAGAAAUUCUCAGAGUGUCUUCUACUGAGGAAGAUGGGAGAUGAAGAUGUCCACACCUAUUGUACAGCAGAAGAAAUAAGAAGUCACAUUGAUGAACAGAUGAUUCCCCAACAGAUAUAUCGUUCUGAGAACCGAAUCUACGUCAAGGACAAUUUACAGUAUGAUGUAACUCCAACCAGAUAUUGAAAAUGAAAAGUCCUCUUGAAUCGGCAAUACUGACAGCUAAGGCCCAGUAUGAAUCCUCUGGAGAACAGCAGCCCCAUUCUGGGCUUUGAAAGAGUAGAAGAAGCCAAGACCAAGACCUCAAUGGCUGAACUAUUAUC